GGAGCUGGAGGAGCUGGAGGAGCGGAGGGACGGGGGAGCGUCCCCCGGGGAGACGGAGCGGCGGAGGAGGCGGUGCCGCUGGAGCUGAGGGGUCGCCGCUACGGAACGCGCGGCGCAAGAGACUUCUUCCAGAUGGCCGUCACCGCUCCACCCAACGUUGAUCUCCCGUCCACCUCGACCUCCGGCGUGGCCCAACCUCCGUCUCCUCCAGGAUCCACCGCCACCACUGCCACCACCACCUCCACCACCACUGCCACCACCACCACGCCACCACACGGCACCACCGCCACCACCACCACGCCACCACACGGCACCACCACCACCACCACGCCACCACACAGCACCGCCACUGCCGCCACCACCACCAUCGCCACCACGCCACCACACGGCACCGCCACCAUCGCCAGCAGCGCCACCGUUGCGGCGUUGGCGCAGCGGCUGAGCCUGUCGCCGGCGUGCUCCCUCGCCGCCAGACUCUGCCACUUCCUCGGCGUUCUGUCCUCGCCCUCCGGCCCCCCGCCGGACGGCCGCCGGGGGGCCGGCGACAAUCGGCACGGCUCCGGCCCCGGCUCCGGCUCCGGCCCCGGCUCCGGCUCCGGCCCCGGCUCUGGCUCCGGCCCCGGCUCCGGCUCCGGCUCCGCCCCGGCUCCAGCCCCGGCUCCGGCCCCGGCUCCGGCUCCGGCUCCAGCCCCGGCCCCGGCCCCGGCUCCGGCGGUCGCGCCGACGACGGCGGCGACGGCCGCCGCCGCCACCGCCGCCGUGCCAGCUUUGGGUGGAGACUUCGGACACUCGCGACCGCCGCCGGCGCCGCCUCCGGCACCCUGCCACCCGGCGCCGGCGGCUGCUUCCUGA